AUGCCUUUCACUGCUAGUAUUCCGCAAUUCAUUUCAUGCCGCGGCAAUGUAAUUGUCGAUAUGAUGUCUUGCCCCGGAUUCUCGAGCUCCUCCGAGACGAUGAACCAACAAGAAGACAUAUACUCACUGACUUACAACAGCGACAUCUGCAAGAUCCUCCUUGCCAUCAUCCUCCCUCCCGUGGGUGUCUUCCUCGAGCGUGGCUGCGGCGCUGAUUUCCUCAUCAACAUCCUGUUGACCAUUCUGGGUUACAUUCCCGGUAUCAUCCACGCUCUGUACAUUAUCCUGAAGUAUUAA